AUGCCAACGAUUCCGCCUUCACGGCUCGUGGCCCUCCAGUCGCAGCACCAGAACAUACGCAAUAUCUGCAUCCUUGCCCACGUGGAUCAUGGAAAAACAUCUCUCACAGACUCACUCAUUGCCACCAAUGGCAUCAUCUCACCGAAGAUGGCUGGGAAGAUCAGAUACCUGGAUUCACGGCCGGACGAGCAGACACGAGGAAUCACCAUGGAGAGCUCGGCAAUCAGUCUUUACUUUGGAAUGACUCGACGCAGUGAUAGCUCUCCUACCAGUAAUUCCACGAAAGCUAAUGCACGGCAGGCGGAAGGAGGUGGUGUAACUCUGGAGUCCGAGGGAGACUACUUGAUCAACUUGAUCGACUCACCUGGGCACAUUGACUUUUCAUCCGAGGUCAGUACCGCUUCGCGGCUAUCAGAUGCAGCACUCAUCUUGGUUGACGCUGUAGAAGGCGUCUGUUCGCAGACUGUGACGGUCUUACGACAGGUCUGGAUUGAGAAGCUGAAGCCGUUGCUAGUGAUCAAUAAGGUUGACAGGUUGGUGACGGAAUUGAAGAUGAGCCCUGCUGAGGCAUAUUCACACCUAGGGAGGGUGUUGGAAGGAGUCAAUGCCGUAAUUGGUGGCUUCUUUCAGGGCGAGAGGAUGGAGGAGGAUUUGCUAUGGAGGGAGAGGGGCGAGGAGAAGAGACAAAAGAUAAGAGAGCGACAAGACUCAUUCAUCAGCGAUAUGGAAGGCAAUAAAGAGAGCAACGUAGAGGAAGGUCUGGAGCAGCAAUUCCAGGAAACAGAUGACGAGGACCUUUAUUUCGCCCCAGAAAGAAACAAUGUCAUCUUCGCUUCCGCAAUCGAUGGAUGGGCUUUCACGAUCCGUCAAUUCGCCGACAUUUACGAGAAGAAACUAGGCAUCAAGAAGGCAAUAUUGGAGAAGGUCUUAUGGGGAGACUUCUACCUGGAUCCGAAGACGAAAAAGGUGCUCGGACAGAAGCAUCUGAAGGGAAGAGCACUGAAGCCGAUAUUCGUUCAGCUGGUGCUAGAGCCAAUUUGGACAGUCUAUGAAGCUACAACUGGUGGAGGGAAGGGAAAAGGCGACCAAGCGCUACUGGAAAAGGUAACAAGGUCUCUAGCAAUCACUUUGCCACCACACGUUGCAAGAUCGAGAGAGCCUAGGGUGAUUUUGCAGACUGUGUUCACAGCAUGGUUACCCUUAUCGACCGCUGUGCUGGUGUCAGUCAUUGAGUACUUGCCUAGUCCACCUGAUGCGCAAGCUGCGCGCUUACCGGAGAUACUGGAGGAAUCACCAGGAGCCAAAGCAAUCAAUCUGUCAAUUCGAGAUGCCAUGAUCAACUUCCGGACCGACGAGCAAGCGCCCGUGGUGGCAUACGUGAGUAAAAUGGUCGCCAUACCGGAGAGUGAACUACCGACGAACAAGAGAAGAGGUGCUGGCACGACACUUACCGCAGAUGAGGCAAGAGAAAUGGGCCGAAGGAAGCGUGCAGAGAUUGCGAAAGCGCAGGCCGAAGCAAAUGGAGAGAACGCUGUUGCCACCGUUGCUAAUGGUUUUAGCACCGUCAGAAUAGGCGAGGAAGUCGAUGAGCAAAGCGGACCCGAACAGCCAGAAGAUCCAGAGCAUCUCAUUGGAUUUGCCAGACUCUAUUCCGGUACCUUGUCGGUCGGCGACGAGAUAUAUGUGAUACCGCCAAAGUUCAGUCCAGCACAUGCACAUGCAUCAUCGGAAUUGAAGAAGGUUCCCGUGAAGGCGCUGUAUCUACUGAUGGGUCGUGGUCUCGAGCCUUUGCAGAGUGUCGCAGCUGGCGCUAUCUUUGGCAUCGAAGGACUUGAGGGCCACAUCUUGAAGACAGGCACACUGUGCUCGCAGUCCGAUGGAGCCGUCAACCUGGCCGGUGUUAGCAUGCCUAGCCAGCCCAUUGUACGGGUGGCGCUGGAGCCUGUCAAUCCGGCGGAUCUGGGCAGGAUGAUCAAAGGUUUGAGGUUGCUGGAGCAAAGCGACCCCUGUGCUGUCUAUGAACAACUCGAGAGCGGCGAGCACGUUAUCCUCACUGCUGGAGAGCUGCACCUGGAGCGCUGUUUGAAAGACUUGAGGGAGCGUUUUGCUAGGUGCGAAGUCCAGGCUGGCGAACCAAUCGUGCCCUACCGAGAAACAAUAGUCAAGGCAGAGGAGAUGGAGCCUCCGAAGAACAAAGACCUGCCAAGAGGCACCGUGAUCGCCGUCACGGCUUCAAAGCAUGUCUCGGUGAGGUUGAGAGUGAGACCGCUACCGGCUGAGGUGACACAGUUCUUGAUCAAGAACUCUGCCUCGAUAAGAAGACUAUAUUCCGAGAAGAAAGCAGCCGAAGAGCAAAACAGAGACAGUCAAAAUGAGGAGGACAAAAGUGGGAGCGAAGAGCCGCAGGACGACAUCGGUAUGGACGAUACAGCUGGCACGGGCAGGGGUACACUCUCCGCCGCCGACUUCCGACAGCAGCUGCAAGCUGUAUUUGCCGGUGUCAAGGAAGAAAUCGAUGUAUGGAAGAACGCUGUACGCAACAUCUCGGCGUUUGGACCAAAGCGAGCGGGUCCCAACGUCUUCAUCGACGCGACAGGCAACAACACAUGUGGAAGGUUCCUGGGAGAUGGCAAUUCGCCAAAUGCAGAGACACAACGAGGAUCUGACAAGGUAGCAAAGGCGAAACAACCCACCGACUUCUCCGAAACAAUCUCCUACGCCUUCCAACUCGCUACCCAACAAGGGCCCCUCUGCCGCGAACCAAUGCAAGGCGUGGCCGUCUUCCUGGAAUCCGUCACUCUCCACAACUCCAACCACAGCGAAACCAACGAUAAUAACAACAAUCACAACCCCCCAACCUCCGAAAACGCCUCGCAAACCCCAGCAAGCGACACCCCCCGCCUAACCGGCGAGCUAAUCACCUCAAUUCUGCACUCCAUCUCCACGGGCUUCCUGGACUGGUCGCCGCGCAUCCUGCUCGCCCUCUACACCUGCACCAUCCAAGCCACGCCGGCGGUGCUGGGCCGCGUCUACAGCGUGCUCACGCGGCGCCGGGGCUCCAUCCUGUCCGAGUCCCUGCUCGAGGGGACGCCGUACUUCACCAUCGUGUCGACGCUUCCGGUGGCUGAGUCGUUCGGCUUCUCCGAUGAGAUGCGCAAGCGCUCGUCCGGCCUGGCCAUGCCGAUGCUGGUCUUCGAGGGCGUGUUCGAGGUGCUCGACGACGUCGAUCCCAGCUGGGUGCCGCGCUCCGAGGUCGAGCUGGAGGAUCUGGGCGAGUUUGGCGAUCGCGAGAAUGUGGCCAAGAGGUAUGUAGAUGCCGUGAGGCGGAGGAAGGGGUUGCGGGUCAUGGGGAGUAGGGGCGUGGGCAGGGAUGCCGAGAAGCAGCGGACGUUGAAGACGAAUUGA